AUGAGCAAAGACAUGUUCAAAACCCUACCUGUCGAGGUUAUCUGGGCCAUUGCCGACGCCUGUGCAAGCCCCGAAGAUGUGGCCGCUCUCGCCAUGACCAACCGGUCCCUCCGCUUCCUCCUCUCUGACCGAGUCACCGACGCUGUUGCCGGCUAUGUCGCCAUUGCCUCUCUCAGCGUGCAGACAAUCGGGUUGACCCUGCAUUCAAGAGGACCGACAUCCCUCGUCCUCGGCCUCAUGCAUAAGGGCACCAUCACCCGGCGCUAUGGCCUCGACCACAUUAUUCGGACUAACUCUCUGGGCAUCUUCCUCCUGAUCUCGCGGUUCAUCACUCGCGGCCACUACAGCAUCCAGGAGCUUCUCCUCAUGCUCAUCUACACCAAGCAGCCCUCCAUGGCCCACUGCCUCACGCCCUACCUCAGCCUCCGCCAGCAAUUCGAGUGCUUCACCCGCUCCAUCUACAAGCCCGACCUGCGCAUCGCCCACAUCAUCCACAGCUCCAUGCGCCCCGGCGACGCGCGUUCGGUGUGCCAGAAAAUGUUCCACCACGCUAUUGCUAAAAACCUGUGUACCACUCGGCGCUUCCUCGCUGAGCGCUGCGCCCCAAUCAACUAUCGCCCCAGCAACUACCUGCACUUUGUCAUCUCCUCAAAGACCCGCCCAUGCAAAUACACGCCGCGCGACAUCCUCGAGACCGUGGAGCUGCUGUGCCAGAACGGCGCACCGGUGGAUGAGAAGGAUGCGAACUCGUACACGCCGCUGCAUCUACUGGCGCUGUUUGGGCCGCGGAAAGUGGAGGCGGUGGGGAGGGCGUUGUGGGCAGAGACGCAUGCGGGGUGUGUGAUGGCAGUGUUGAGGGCGGGGGCGACGGUGGAUCUGGAGGGGGUUCAAGGGAGGACUGCGCUAUGGUAUGCUGUGAGGGAGGGGGAGGCGCCGAUGGUGGAGAUGUUGCUGGAUGCGGGAUCGAACUUUAAGAAGAUCCAUGGGGACGGGCUGAGGGCGGAUGAGAUUCAGCAGGAGAGUGACGAGUUUGUGAGGUGGGCUGCGCGGUUGGUCACCGAGAGGAGGGAGGCGUUUAAUAGGUUUAUGGAGGAAAGGAGAAUGCAUGAAGUGGUUUCAGUGACGUGA